AAAAAAAGAAAUAAGAAAGUUUUGAGAUAAAUAAGUAAAAAAAAGAAGAAAAUAUGAAUGAAAACGAACAGAACGUAGGGGAAUUAGGGGGGAUUAGUUUUUUUUCGAAAAAAAACGGAUAUCUGAGACAGAAAAUAGCUAAUGGAUUUGGAUUACCUAUAUAUAAUAAACCUCAGAAGAUUUUAGAGGAAGAUGAGGAUAAAUAUAGGACAAUAGAAGAUAGUGGUGUUCUUAUGUCAAGUAUAUAUCAAUCACGACAAACACUUCUUCAAGGGUUAAUAUUUAAAAAGUUUUCAAAGGAUUAUAGUUCUAAGAAGCAAAAUAAUGAUAUAGAGAAGACGAAUAAUAAGCAAAAAGUUUCUAAGAUUGGAAAUUUUACAUUAGAUAUUGAACUUUUUUCUUUUCCAGAAACGGUUUUUUAUUUAGUAAAAUAUGUUACAAAAGGAGAAAAUACAAUGCCAUAUAAGAAUAUAGAAGAAGUAGAGAAGCCAGGAAGUUCAAAUUCAAAAUUUCAAUGUAAAAAUGAAAAUACGUAUAGUAGUAGUGAUAGUGACAUCAAUGGUAUAAAAUCAGAAAAUAUAACAAAUUAUACAACAUUUAGGCCAGAAAUUAAAUAUUUAGAUUUUUUUAAAAAAUAUUUUAUGGAAAUCUUUGAAAAUGAUCCUUUAAAAGUAGAAAAAACAAAUAGAAUGAUAGAACGACUAAAAAUUGUUUCAUUAAAUCCAGAUUUUAAAGAAAUACUACAUUUAAUUAUGACAGGAAAAGCAACAAUUGAGCAAAAAACAAUAUUUAACUUAUAUAUGACAUCACCUCAAUUACAACAAAUUCCAAGUAAUUAUAAUGAAAAGAUAACAUUAUCAUCUAUCUUUCAAAAUAAAUGUUUAGGAAACAAAGAUAAUAAUAAUAAUAAAAAAGAAAAAACAAAACAAAAGAGAAAUAACAAUUAUAAAGAUGCAGAAAUUAUUUUUGAAUUUAAAGAAAAUCCAGGAGAAAAAUGGAUACUUCCUAAAGAUAUUAUAAUUGAAAAAUUAAAUACUAAAGAACCAUUUGAAGUUCUUAUAUCAUUUAUAUAUACUGAAGAUUCACUAUGUGAACAAUUCCAACCAAUCACUUUAAAAAUUUCAUCUUGUAGUCAAAAAUUAUGGGAUUUUAUAUCAAAAUAUUCAAAUGAUAAAAAACAAGUAUAUGAAUCUAUGUCAAAAAUUCUAAAUGGGAAACGUCCAGAAAAAUUAUAUUUUCAAUAUAGAAUUACAAUUGCAGAUACAAAAACAUUUAAAAAUGAACCAGAAGAAAGAAUAAACAUAGUUUCUAGAAAUAAAAAAUCAAUACUUCCACAAAAAAGAAAAAUGAUUGAUGAAAAUGAUACAAUUUCAUUGUCAUAUACAAACAAUAAAUCGACAUCACCAAUAACUUCAAAAAAAACUGAAAAGAAACAUAUUGUUUUGCCCAAAGAUUGGAAUUGUAAUAUAUGUAAUGCUACAGAAACUCCUUUAAGGCGUCGUGGUCCAGAUGGACCUGGAACAUUAUGCAAUGCAUGUGGAAUGAAAUGGAAAGGAGGAAAAAAAAUACCAAUCUCUAAAGAGUAUAAAAAAAUCGAUAAAACAUAUGUUGAUAAUAAAGAUCAAAACUAGAUAAAACUUUUAUCUUUUAAAAACGAAUCUUCAAAAAUAAUUUA